UGUAUGGAACAGCAAUGAGGAAUUGUGGUGUAACUUAAAAAGACUUUUGAUGGGUGGCGCAAAGGGAAGUAAAGUGGUGAUAACUACACGGACCAAAUUGGUUGCAGAAAUUACCAGCACAGUCUCACCCUAUUUUCUAGAAGGCCUGUCAAUUAACCAAUCUUGGUCUUUAUUUAAGCAAAUGGCAUUUCAAAAAGGGCAAGAUACCAUUGAUCCUAACAUUGAAGCGAUUGGAAUGGAAAUUGUACAAAAAUGUCAAGGAGUGCCUCUUGCUAUAAAGGUGAUAGGAAGAGUAUUAUACUUCAAAAAAACAAAGGAUGAAUGGUCUUAUAUCAAGGAUAAUGAAAUUACAAAUGUAACUCAAGGAGAAAAUGGUAAUGGAAUUUUACCAAUUCUGAAAUUGAGUUAUGAUCAUCUCCCAUCACAUUUAAAGUGUUGCUUUGCUUAUUAUUCAUUAUUUCCUAAAGAUUAUGAGAUUUCAAAGUUAACAUUAAUAUAACUAUGGAUAGCACAAGGAUUUAUCCAAUCAUCAGAUGAAAAGGUACAAUUAGAGGAAGUUGCUAAAGAGUAUUGCAUGGAUCGACUUUGGCGAUCCCUCUUCCAAGAAGUAAGAGAAGAUCGCAUGGGGAAUAUAACUCUUAAAAUGCAUGGUUUAAUCCAUGAUCUUACACAAUCAGUCUCAAGGAUCGAUUGCACACUCGUUAAUUCCAAUGCAACAAAUAUUAAUGAAGAAGUUCGUCAUUUGUCAUUUCCAUUUUACAAUGCUUCAUUCUUUGAGAAGAAUUUAAGCCCAUUAGUUAAAGCAAAGAAGAUACGUACACUUAUUUUGACGUCCAAUCACCAGUUCUAUAAUAAGAAAGGAGAAGAAGAAUCUACACUCAAAAAACUUAUUACUAGCUUUAAAUGCUUGCGUGUGUUAGACCUACACGGCUUAAGAAUUACGACAACACCGAAUUGUAUAGACAAGUUGACACAUCUAAAGUACCUUGAUCUUUCCAAGAACGACAUUGAAGUUCUCCCUAAUUCUAUUAUUAGGCUGUUGAAUUUGCAAACAUUAAAGCUCUCUGGAUGUCGGAAGCUUAAAGAAUUGCCAAGAGACGUUCAAAAGUUGGUCAACCUCAAGCAUCUUAAUAUAUAUUGUUGUGAUAGUUUGACUCAUAUGCCAUGUGGAUUAGGGCAACUGACUUCUCUUCAGAUGUUACCGCUCUUUGUUGUGAGCAAGGACCCUGCAGCUUUCUCCUCCAAGCAUUCUGGAGGACUAGUCGAAUUGAAAAAGCUAAACAAUGUGAGAGGAGAACUAUGUGUUAAAAAUUUGGAAGGGGUGAAUGCAGUAGAAGCCAAAGCUGCAAAUUUGAAAGACAAGCAGAAUCUUAGAAAUUUGAAGUUAAGUUGGAAUUGGGAGGGUAAUGAUGGCGUAGACGUUUGCAAUGAGGAAAACUUGUUAGAAGGUCUCCAGCCACACCAUGCUUUAAAAUUAUUGCAUGUGGAAGGGUAUAUGGGUGUGAGAUUUUCGAGUUGGCUUCCUUCCCUAACAAGUCUUGUUAAUUUAAAAUUUUGGAAAUCUAAGGUCCAACAUCUAUCACCAUUGUAUCAACUCCCCUCUCUUCGAUAUCUUGAUCUUCGAAGUAUGAUGGAUCUAGAAUACAUAUCUGACAGGGAAAUCACUAAUGAGGUUUCUGAUUUAUUGGCGUCAUCAUCAACAACAUUUUUCCCAUCCUUAGAGUCACUACAACUUUUAGAUUGCCCUAAUCUAAAAGGAUGGUGGAGGACGGAUAUUGUCAAGGUCAAUUUUGAUAAUGAUCACAACAAAGUGGCAAUAACAACAUCAACAUCAAGUCAUCAAAAUCUGCCAUCCUUUCCUUGUCUUUCUUAUUUCCAUAUCUCGAAUUGCAGUAACUUGACUUGCAUGCCGCUAUUUCCUUCUCUUGAAGAUAAGCUAGUACUGAGUAAUGCAAGCUUGAAGCCAUUGCAACAAACAAUGACAACGACAAUGAAUAUGACAGGAGCCUCUUUGCUUCCUUCCUCCCCUCCUCUCUCCAAAUUAAAGUAUUUUUCUUUGGUUCGGAUGCAGGACAUGGAGUCUCUGCCAGAGGAGUGGCUGCAAAACUUGACUUCUCUUGAAUAUCUAAAGAUUUGGGCAUGUCCUAGACUAAAAUCUCUGUCCCGAUUUACACAUCUCACUUCCCUUAAGAGGCUAGAGAUUUGGGAAUGCGAGGAGGUUGAUCUGUUUGGUAAUGAGAGUGGUAAUGGCACACAAUGUGUUACCACUUUGCAAGUGAUUAAGAUUUCAAAUGUUCCCCACUUGAUUACAUUACCAGAGUGGAUUGGCAAUUUCACAUCACUUCAAAGGCUUAAAAUUAACGAAUGCCCCAAUUUGACAUCACUUCAUGAAAGGAUCAAUAAACUCACAUCUCUUCAAAAUAUUGAAAUUUUUAGAUGUCCCAAUUUGAAAUCACUUCCCAAGGGGAUAAGCGACCUCACAUCACUUCAAAGGCUUGAAAUUAACGAAUGUCCUAAUUUGACGUCACUUCCCGAAGGAAUGCACCGCCUCACCUCUUUACAAAGCCUAAGAAUCAAUAAUUGUCCCCACUUGAAGGAAAGAUGCCAGGAGAGAAUUGGUGAGGAUUGGCCUAAGAUUGCUCACAUCCCAUUUUUUCGAUAUUAUGGUUAAGGAUUAAAUUCUUGUUCAGCAACCAACGUGCUUCCACAUCUUUGGCCUCUUGCAGAGACAUCAAUGGUAGCUAGUUAGCUUUUUUGCAAGAACAAUUCAAACUUUGCCGAACUUUAAGAUGGUCAGAUAUUUCUCAAAUUUUAUCUUUACAUAUGCUAAUACUCUUGAGCCGAUAUUAAUAGUGGUGGAUCUAGCAGGUUGUGAAAAGGAACUCCAUCAAUUCAAUGAAGGAUUCACGGGCCCUAUGCCAACAUGCUGGAAGGAAUGGAGAGCUGGGAACAACAUGCAAGGCAUGCUCAUUUGCUGUUUGAGAAGGGUGUGAUAAAGAACCCCACCAAUUCAAUGAAGGAUUCAUGGCCUUAUGGGCCCUCCUAGAUUAUGCCAACAUGGUUGCAUAUUAUUUCUAUCCAAUAUAGAAAAUUGGAUUAUGAAGAAUUUUGAGGCUGCCAUAAGUGUGCAUCAGCUGGAAGGAAUGGAGAGCAAAAAAUAAAAU